AUGGUCCGCAGACACAGGAGGAGGUGCAGUCAUGGUCCGCCUACACAGGAGGAGGUGAAGUCAUGGUCCUCAGACACAGGAGGAGGUGCAGUCAUGGUCCGCAGACACAGGAGGAGGUGCAGCCCUGGUCCGCAGACACAGGAGGAGGUGCAGUCAUGGUCCGCAGACACAGCAGGAGGUGCAGCCCUGGUCCGCAGACACAGGAGGAGGUGCAGUCAUGGUCCGCAGACACAGGAGGAGGUGCAGUCAUGGUCCGCAGACACAGGAGGAGGUGAAGUCAUGGUCCUCAGACACAGGAGGAGGUGCAGUCAUGGUCCGCAGACACAGGAGGAUGUGCAGCCCUGGUCCGCAGACACAGGAGGAGGUGCAGUCAUGGUCCGCAGACACAGCAGGAGGUGCAGCCCUGGUCCGCAGACACAGGAGGAGGUGCAGUCAUGGUCCGCAGACACAGGUGGAGGUGCAGUCAUGGUCCGCAGACACAGGAGGAGGUGCAGCCCUGGUCCACAGACACAGGAGGAGGUGCAGCCCUGGUCCACAGACACAGGAGGAGGUCCAGCUGAAGCACCUCCUCAUGGCACCUCCUCAGAGAACCUCCUCAGGGCCCCUCCUCAGGGCACGUCCUCAGAGAACCUUCUCAUGGCGCCUCCUCAUGGCACCUCCUCAGAGCACCUCUUCAUGGCACCUCCUCAGAGCACCUCCUCAUGGCACCUCCUCAGAGCACCACCUCAUGGCACCUCCUCAGAGCCCCUCCUCAGAGAACCUCCUCUUGGCACCUCCUCAGAGCACCUCCUCAUGGCACCUCCUCAGAACACUUACUCAGGGCACCUCCUCAGAGCAACUCCUCAAGGCACCUCCUCAUGGCACCUCCUCUGGGGGCGAGAGGACCGUGGUGGAGGGGCGCAGAGGACCGUGGUGGAGGGGCGCAGAGGACCGUGGUGGAGGGGCGCAGAGGACCGUGGUGGAGGGGCGCAGAGGACCGUGGUGGAGGGGCGCAGAGGACCGUGGUGGAGGGGCGCAGAGGACCGUGGUGGAGGGGCGCAGAGGACCGUGGUGGAGGGGCGCAGAGGACCGUGGUGGAGGGGCGCAGAGGACCGUGGUGGAGGGGCGCAGAGGACCGUGGUGGAGGGGCGCAGAGGACCGUGGUGGAGGGGCGCAGAGGACCGUGGUGGAGGGGCGCAGAGGACCGUGGUGAAGGGGCGCAGAGGACCGUGGUGGAGGGGCGCAGAGGACCGUGGUGGAGGGGCGCAGAGGACCGUGGUGGAGGGGCGCAGAGGACCGUGGACCGUCCUGAGUCUGGACCCGGCUCUGCAUCUGUGGGUUAUUAAAGUAAUCUCAGCCUUAGCACAGGUACAGUGGGCAUCAGCACAGGUACAGUGGGCAUCAGCACAGGUACAGGGGGGCUCAGCACAGGUACAGGGGGGCUCAGCACAGGUACAGGGGGGCUCAGCACAGGUACAGGGGGGCUCAGCACAGGUACAGGGGGGCUCAGCACAGGUACAGGGGCCUCAGCACAGGUACAGGGGCAUCAGCACAGGUACAGGGGGGCUCAGCACAGGUACAGGGGGGCUCAGCACAGGUACAGGGGGCCUCAGCACAGGUACAGGGGGGCUCAGCACAGGUACAGGGGGGCUCAGCACAGGUACAGGGGGGCUCAGCACAGGUACAGGGGGGCUCAGCACAGGUACAGUGGGCAUCAGCACAGGUACAGGGGGCCUCAGCACAGGUACAGUGGGCAUCAGCACAGGUACAGUGCGCCUCAGCACAGGUACAGGGGGCCUCAGCACAGGUACAGUGGGCAUCAGCACAGGUACAGGGGGGCUCAGCACAGGUAUAGGGGGGCUCAGCACAGGUACAGGGGGGCUCAGCACAGGUACAGGGGGGCUCAGCACAGGUACAGGGGGGCUCAGCACAGGUACAGGGGGCCUCAGCACAGGUACAGGGGGGCUCAGCACAGGUACAGGGGGGCUCAGCACAGGUACAGGGGGCCUCAGCACAGGUACAGGGGGGCUCAGCACAGGUACAGGGGGCCUCAGCACAGGUACAGUGCGCCUCAGCACAGGUACAGGGGGCCUCAGCACAGGUACAGUGCGCCUCAGCACAGGUACAGUGCGCCUCAGCACAGGUACAGGGGGCCUCAGCACAGGUACAGUGCGCCUCAGCACAGGUACAGGGGGCCUCAGCACAGGUACAGGGGGCCUCAGCACAGGUACAGUGCGCCUCAGCACAGGUACAGUGCGCCUCAGCACAGGUACAGGGGGGCUCAGCACAGGUACAGGGGGCCUCAGCACAGGUACAGGGGGGCUCAGCACAGGUACAGUGCGCCUCAGCACAGGUACAGUGGGCAUCAGCACAGGUACAGGGGGGCUCAGCACAGGUACAGGGGGGCUCAGCACAGGUACAGGGGGGCUCAGCACAGGUACAGGGGGGCUCAGCACAGGUACAGGGGGGCUCAGCACAGGUACAGGGGGCCUCAGCACAGGUACAGGGGGGCUCAGCACAGGUACAGGGGGGCUCAGCACAGGUACAGGGGGCCUCAGCACAGGUACAGGGGGGCUCAGCACAGGUACAGGGGGCCUCAGCACAGGUACAGUGCGCCUCAGCACAGGUACAGGGGGCCUCAGCACAGGUACAGUGCGCCUCAGCACAGGUACAGUGCGCCUCAGCACAGGUACAGGGGGCCUCAGCACAGGUACAGUGCGCCUCAGCACAGGUACAGGGGGCCUCAGCACAGGUACAGGGGGCCUCAGCACAGGUACAGUGCGCCUCAGCACAGGUACAGUGCGCCUCAGCACAGGUACAGGGGGGCUCAGCACAGGUACAGGGGGCCUCAGCACAGGUACAGGGGGGCUCAGCACAGGUACAGUGGGCAUCAGCACAGGUACAGUGCGCCUUAGCACAGGUACAGGGGGGCUCAGCACAGGUACAGGGGGGCUCAGCACAGGUACAGGGGGCCUCAGCACAGGUACAGUGGGCAUCAGCACAGGUACAGUGCGCCUUAGCACAGGUACAGGGGGGCUCAGCACAGGUCUCUGCUCGCUGCUGCCAGACGGAUGUCCAGGAUGCGUGUGA